AUGUCUACUUCCGAGAAACCUAUAAUUAGUCCUGCUAAUAAGAGUAACAUUCCUGAACUAUCUUCCAAAGAGUUCAUUAAGGUUGAUGGAACUCUAUUUAAGAAAAAUGAUAAAAGUUAUUAUAUUAUCGGAGCAAAUUAUUGGCAGGCAAUGAAUUUAGGAGCGCCUGAAAAUGGAAAUAGAUCGAGGGUACUUGAAGAUUUGAAAAUAUUAAAAAAAUAUGGGGUUAAUUGUGUGAGAAUUAUAGCGGGCAGUGAAGGACCUAAUGGAGAACCUUAUAGAAUGUAUCCAGCUUUAAUGAAUUCUCCUGGCGAUUAUAAUGAAAAUGUUUUUCAAGGUCUUGAUUGGUUUCUUGCUCAAUUGAGUCAAUUCAACAUGACUGCAAUCAUGGUAUUAUCAAAUUACUGGCAUUGGUCAGGUGGAUUCGCCCAAUAUGUUAAUUGGGUAGAUCCAUCUAAACCAAUUCCGUAUCCCGUACCCGAAGAUUAUUCAUCAUUUGAACUUUACGCAGCACGUUUUUAUUCUGAUUCAUCAAUUUAUUCUAAGACACAAUCUUAUUAUCUCGAACAUAUAAAAUCCAUAAUUACAAGAAAUAAUACUAUUACGAGUCAAAUAUAUAAGAAUGAUCCAAAUAUUUUUGCAUGGGAAUUAGUUAAUGAGCCACAAGCAAUUAAGGUUGGAAAUGAUAGUCAUAAUAUUAUAUUUAAAUGGAUUGAUGAUACUGCUAAAUUUAUCAAAGAAUUGGAUAAAAAUCAUUUGGUUUCUACCGGUGCUGAAGGCAAAAAUGGGGAAGAAUGGUUUAUUACUAUGCAUAAAAGUCCGCAUAUAGAUUUUACAAGCGCUCAUAUAUGGGUAGAAAAUUGGGGAUACUAUAAUUCAGAUGAUUCUUCAUUAGAGAAUUAUCAAAAAGCCGAAACAUUCAUGUUAAAUUUUUUACAAAAUGUUAGUGAUUGGUCUACACAAAAACUAAAUAAACCUUUAUUAGUAGGAGAAUAUGGAAUGGCAAGAGAUGCUUGGUCGGGUGCAUCAAAGUAUUCACCUCUCGCAACAGUAAUAAAUAGAACUAAAUACUUUAGUUCAUUAGCUAAUAAAGUUUUUGAAUUGGAAAAACAGAAGGCUUGCACUGGUCACAUGUUUUGGGCUUUUGCUGGUAUCGCUAGACCAAGUGAUCCUACUCCUACUUGGAUUGGUGAUCCCCCACAUGAACCACCAGGGUGGUAUUCUAUAUAUGAUUCCGAUGAAAAAACUUUAAAUGUCUUUGCUGAGCAUGCCAAACGAGUAGCUGAAUUAAAUUAA